AUGAACGAAAAUAGCACAACGCAACAACCAUCAGAGCGCACCAUGCCCACUUUCCCUUACAACUCUACAGGUAGCCACUCUCCAACUCAAAGCCACGUGGAGACACCCCGUUCGAUCUAUUCUCGUACCUCUCUAGAAGAUUAUGCUCUCACCAUGCUGGUCUAUACCCAGUUCCAGAUAUCGUCUCUUGUUGAUCUGGACGAAAACCAUGGGACCAUCAGCCGCAGCCGCAGCAGUAUAAGUAGCGGCACCAGUGAGGGUAGUGAUCUUUCCGCCAACAGUGCGCUACACCAUCAAGGCCCUGGUCCUCCCAGCUCAGCUGAGGCUGAAGAUGCCGAACGGCAAACUGCCAACAGCGCAGGUUGCAUUCAAGCUUAG